AUGGAGGACGUCAGCCUUUUCUUCGACACCCCGUCACCAUCUCAUUCCUACCUUUACACUUUCAGCGACCAAGACCAAUUCCUUGACGCCAGCCGCUCAGAGACGCAAAGCUCCGCAACCUCUCCCUACGACAUGACCUUUUCUCGGGAUUACACAGGCUCAGAUACAAUGCCGAGCCCAGACGUGGAAGGCGAGGAAGGGAGCCUGUCACCACACGACCAAACAUCAAACACACAGCUCAAGCCCGCCGCGAAGAGAAAGCGAGAGAACAGAUACAAGAACGCCCCGCCAUCAGUCCUAUCGCGCCGCCGAGCACAAAACCGCGCCUCGCAAAGAGCCUACCGGGAGCGCAAGGACCAGCGGAUCAAGGACCUCGAGCAGAUGCUCAACGACGCCAAGGCGCGCAACGACGUGCUCAGCCAGGCGUACGCCGACCUGCAGGCCGAGUACAUGAAGCUCAAGGCCUCGUCGGUCAGCGAGCAGCACCAGCACCAGCAGAUCCCCACGUCGUACCCGGCCGCGGGUCCGCCGCCGCCGGGCCUCGGGGGCUACGUCGACCCGACAAUGUCGGCCAUGCACGUCGGCAGCGACCUGGACGCGUACCUGUACCCCGAGGUCGGGAACUACUCCAUGUGA